AAUAAUAACAAAGUACAAACGUAAACACCAGCUUCCAAAGGCGCCACGAGGCUCAUACUCUGUGUUACAAGCAAAGCUAUUAUCCAAAAAUCUGGUUUUGUCACCAUUUCCACACUAUUCUUUUCCCUUCCUUCCUUCCUUCCUUCUUUCCUUCACUCACUUUCUCACUCUACAAAUACUAUAGUACCCACUGUAUACUUGAUCUUAGCCAAAAGGCCGAGAAAGGCAUCACUGUAUAAAAUCCCUUUCAAAUUUGAGUACUGUUUGUUGCCUGCCACGUCAUCUUCGUAAAGAACACCAUGGAAGAUUCAGUUUCCGGUUCCGUUUCAGACAACGACAAGCAGAAGCAAAUCACUCUCCACGGCGACCUCGACCUGAAAAUCGUCGAAGCCGAAAACUUACCCAACAUGGACAUCGUGGCACAACAUGUCCGCGGUUGCUUCGCAGUCUGUGACUGUAACUCUGUCGAAACAAGUCAGCUUUCCGACGAAUCCGACGGCCGUGAUGGCUCGCAACAACACCACCGCAAAAAGAUCAUCAUCACCAGCGACCCGUACGUCACCGUUUCGGUCCCCCAAGCCACCGUGGCACGCACGCGCGUGAUUAAAAACUCGGCCAAUCCUCUAUGGAACGAACGGUUCUACAUCCCACUGGCACACCCCGUAAAUACUUUGAAAUUCCAGAUCAAAGAUAACGACAUCUUCGGCGCCGAGCUAAUCGGCACAGUCGAAAUCCCGGCCACAAGAAUCGCCACCGGCGAACACAUCUCCAGCUGGUUCCCAAUCCUCGGGCCGAAUAAAAAACCGCCGAAAAAGAACGCGAGGAUCCGCCUCGAGCUCAAAUUCACGCCGUUCGCAAAAAAUCCAAGGUACAAGUACGGCAUUGCGUCAGAUCCAGAACACAAGGGCGUGAUUCACACGUACUUCCCGUUGAGAAAAGGAAGCUCCGUGAAGUUGUACCAAGACGCGCACGUGCAAGACGAGUCGUCGCUGCCGAAGAUUGAACUGGACGGAGGCAAGGUUUACAGGCGCGAGAAGUGUUGGGAGGACAUUUGCUAUGCGAUCUCAGAGGCUCACCAUAUGGUUUACAUCGUUGGAUGGUCGGUUUAUCACAAGGUCAGGCUCGUGAGAGAGCCGACUCGGCCACUGCCACGUGGCGGAGACUUGACGCUCGGUGAUAUGCUCAAGUACAAGUCUGAAGAGGGAGUUAGGGUUUUGUUGAUGAUUUGGGAUGAUAAGACUUCGCACGAUAAGUUCGGCAUCAUCAAAACGCCUGGAAUGAUGCUAACGCACGACGAAGAGAUCAAGAAGUUUUUCAAGCAUUCAUCAGUCACUUGUGUGUUGGCACCUCGCUAUGGUAGCAGUAAGCUGGGCUAUUUCAAGCAACAGGUUGUUGGAGGUCUUUUCACACACCAUCAAAAAUGUGUUCUUGUGGACACGCAGGCAUCUGGUAAUUAUCGUAAGAUAACUGCAUUUUUAGGAGGGAUUGAUCUUUGUGAUGGUCGAUAUGAUACACCUGAGCAUCGACUAUUUCGUGAUCUUAAUACUGUAUUUGAAAAUGAUUAUCACAACCCUACAUUUGCGGCUGGAACCAAGGCUCCAAGGCAACCAUGGCAUGAUUUACACUGCAGAGUUGAGGGGCCUGCUGCAUAUGAUGUUCUUAUAAACUUUGAGCAGCGUUGGAGAAAAGCAACAAAAUGGAAGGAGUUUGGACUACGAUUCAAAAGGGCUACUACCCAUUGGAGUGAUGAUGCUUUAAUAAAAAUAGAACGCAUCUCUUGGAUACUAAGUCCUGACCUAUCUGUUUCUCCAAAAAAAAAAGUAAGUCUUGACCCAUCUACUAAAAAGGAUAAGUCCACAGUUAUUCCAGAAGAUGAUCCCAAGUUAUGGGUUUCCGAUGAAGAUGAUCCUGAAAGUUGGCAUGUUCAGAUUUUUAGGUCCAUUGACUCGGGAUCAGUGAAAGGCUUUCCCAAAACUGCUGAGCUUGCUGAGAAACAGAACCUUAUUUGUGCGAAAAAUUUGGUUAUAGAUAAAAGCAUUCAAACAGGAUACAUCCAGGCAAUCAGAUCUGCUCAACAUUUCAUAUAUAUUGAAAAUCAGUAUUUUCUUGGAUCAUCAUAUGCAUGGCCAUCAUAUGAAUAUGCAGGAGCUGAUAAUCUAAUCCCGAUGGAAUUGGCAUUAAAGAUAGCUAGUAAAAUUAGAGCAAAGGAGAGAUUUGCAGUGUAUAUUAUCUUACCAAUGUGGCCUGAGGGUAAUCCAGCUUCUGGAGCUAUGCAAGAAAUUCUCUUUUGGCAGAGUCAAACAAUGCAAAUGAUGUAUGAUAUAGUUGCACGGGAACUGAAAGAUAUGCAGCUUGGGGAUUCACAUCCUCUACAUUACCUCAAUUUCUAUUGCCUUGGUAACCGGGAAGAUAUUCCUGAGGAACGUUUAGAUGAUAAUGCUGAUAAGGUCUCAGAUGCACAGAAGUUCAAGCGGUUUAUGAUUUAUGUUCAUGCCAAGGGAAUGAUAGUAGAUGAUGAGUAUGUAAUAGUGGGAUCUGCCAAUAUCAACCAGAGAUCCAUGGCUGGUACAAAGGACACGGAGAUAGCUAUGGGUGCAUAUCAGCCCCAUUACUCUUGGGCAUCAAGGAAGAAACAUCCAUGUGGUCAGGUGUAUGGAUACAGAAUGUCACUGUGGGCUGAGCAUCUUGGGAUGCUGGAUACAUGCUUCAAGGAGCCAGAGAGUAUGGAGUGUGUGAAGAUGGUGAAUGAGAUUGCUAAAGAUAACUGGAAGAGGUAUACAGAUGCGAAUUUUAUGCUAUUGCAGGGCCACCUUCUUAAGUAUCCUGUGCAGGUAGAUGAGCAUGGGGUGGUCAGCGCCCUGCCUGGACAAGAGAAUUUCCCAGAUGUAGGUGGAAAAGUGCAGGGAGCUCAUUCGGUCAGCCUUCCUGAUACUCUAACAACAUAAUCUCCAUCCAUUGUUUGUGUUCCUACAUAAUUGGUUAGGAAGAAUGGCGGUGAUAUGUCAGGAUUUUGAGGUUAUUAAACUGAAGGUGUUAAAGAGUUUGUGCUCCUCACUCUCUGCUGCAUUCUAUUAACGGUUGAACUACAAUAGGUUUUUAGUGUAAUACAAAUUAGUGAACAUAGCAAGAAGGAUGACAUGUUGUGAAUGUUUGUGCAUAUAUAAAUGCAUAGUUUCCAGUCUUGUCACAUGGGGAGGUCAACAAUGCAAGUCACUCCUUGUUUGGUUCUA